ACAGUACGAUCGAACCGCGGUCAUGCACGGUUCCUUCGUUCUGCCUCGAACACGCAACGCAAACACGCACCCGUACAGUGACAAUUGAACGUGCAAAGUACGUGCAGUUGCGGUGCUUCAAAAUCGGGACGAAGUUCGAUGGUAGCAUACGCACGAUUCAACAGUUACGAACGCGUCGUUGCCGAAGUAUAAAUAGUGAUCCUAUACUAUACAGGAAGAAAAGAGAUAAAAAAUAAACGGAGAAGAAGAGUCACAAGCUUAUCGUUAGAGUGCGUGCUAGUCGGCAGGCUUGAUUACGAUUAAGUAAUAACAGCAAAGACAACACGCCGAUUGAUAGUCGCAUAGUAACGUUCGGAGCAUCGAAGACGCCUUCGGGUGACACAACUAUUUGAAUUUCCCGCCUUGAACAGAGAGCGGCAAUCGUCGGACACGUUGAAUCGUAGGCGCGUAAACGCCAAUCGUCCGUGAUGCUGCACACGAGGACGUUCGCCGUCGCUGCAGCAUCGCCUCUACUCGUCGAAAAUGUCUUGCCAUCGUGGUUGCCUCGUGUAUUUGGCAGCCAUCUUGUGUUCACGCGCUCCAUAGGUGAUCGCGCUAUGAACCGUGGUCACAUAUCGCGUCAGACCAUGUACGAAAAUUAUCAGAAGAUGCGACGAAAGUACGAGUCGAAAAAGCUUCCUCAAGAUGUGAACCCUAAGGGAGUAUUUGCUUGUAACGAACUGGACCUGAAGGAGGUCCAAGUCUAUGGAUUCGAUUACGAUUACACGUUGGCUUGUUACAAACCGUCCAUGGACUACUUGCUCUACAACCUAGGCCGUGACAUGCUCAUUCAGAAAUACAAGUACCCGGAGGGAAUCAGCGAGCUCGAGUACAAGAAGGAUUUCGCUGUUCGUGGCCUCCAUUAUGACAUCGAAAAGGGUCUGCUGCUGAAACUCGACAGCUUUUUGCAAAUUCAAUUUGGCACCGUUUAUCGCGGUUUACACCCGUUGCCCGACGAUGAGGUCCUAAGGCUCUACAAAAACAGGAUAAUACCGAUCGCUUACGUCGAAGCGCCUCAUAGACACUCUCAUGAUACUGUACAUCGAACGAAAAUGGUACAAUUAGCCGAUUUAUUCUCAGUACCGGAAAUGUGUCUUCUAUGCAACGUCACGGAAUACUUCCUUAGAAAUCACAUCGACUAUCACCCCGAAAUACUCUUUAGAGAUGUAAAGAACUCCGUUCAGAGCUGCCACCCUAUAAUGCACGGAAUGGUGGUACAAAAUGUCGCCGAAUACCUGGAACAAAAUAAGGAUUUAAAACGAUUUUUUGAUCGACUUAAAAGGGCAAAUAAAAGGAUGUUUUUAGUAACCAAUAGUCCUUUCCAUUUUGUGGAUACUGGGAUGAAGUUUUUAGUGGGAGAGAAGUGGAAAAACUAUUUCGAUGUGGUAAUAGUUCAAGCAAGAAAACCGAAAUUUUUCACCGAAGAAUCUCGACCUCUCCGAAUAUACGAUGAAAUUAACAGAACCCAAUUGUGGGAUAGAGUUACGAAACUCGAGAAAGGUGUUAUCUAUUUAGAAGGUACAGUGAAACAACUGCAGGAUAUGACCGGUUGGCGAGGACAACAAGUAUUAUAUUUUGGUGAUCAUCCUUAUAGCGAUUUAGCUGAUGUAACUUUGGAACAUGGUUGGCGAACUGGUGCCAUAAUUAAAGAGUUAACGCAUGAAAUUUCAACCUUAAACAAUCCAAAGUUCAAAGAACAUGCUAAUUGGUUGCAAAUGUUAACUGGACUGAUCGAAGAUCAUCAAGAUUAUACAGGGCCGGAUGUGAAGAGUGUACUAGAAGAAUGGAUGAAAGAAAAGGAACAAUUGAGAAACAAUAUAAAACGAGUGUUUAAUGAACAAUUUGGAUCUGUAUUCAGAACGUAUCAUAAUCCUACAUAUUUUUCGAGAAGGCUUUUUAGGUUCGCUGAUAUUUAUAUGAGCUCAAUUACAAAUUUAUUAGAAUACUCAACACAUCAUACGUUUUAUCCAAGAAGAGGCGUGAUGCCGCACGAAUAUACAAGUUAUUUCGUAUAAUGUAUAGGUCUAUGUUUAAGCUUGUAACUAGAUAUAUUUUAUGUUUCCCUUUGAAACGUGUUCAAAUCUAACGAAGCAAAAAAUCAGAAAUUUAAAAUUAAAAAAAAAAAACGCAUUUUCAAUUUAUGUAAAUAAAAAGAGAAUGGUAGACUGUUUAACGUACUAGAAAAAAUAUGCAGUGAUAUUUUGUUCAAUAGUAUUUUGUGUAGAUAAAACGUAUACGUAUUAA